GACAAGGUUCCUGACGCUGAGGACAAGGUUCCUGACGCUGAGGACAAGUUUCCUGACGCUGAGGACAAGGUUCCUGACGCUGAGGACCAGGUUCCUGACGCUGAGGACAAGGUUCCUCACGCUGAGGACAAGGUCGCUGACGCUGAGGACAAGGUUCCUGACGCUGAGGACAAGGUUCCUGACGCUGAGGACAAGGUUCCUGACGCUGAUGACAAGGUUUCUGACGCUGAGGACAAGGUUCCUGACGCUGAGGACAAGGUUCCUCGCGCUGAGGACAAGGUUCCUCGCGCUGAGGACAAGGUUCCACACGCUGACGACAAGGACCUUGGUAUGAGCUCGGUUUGCGCCGUUAGUGACGAACCGAAGAUAGAGGACAUAAAAUCGGGGAAAUUUCAUUUGAUAUUUGGAUCGGCCGAAAACGUUCUUGACAAGUGUCCAGUUGACGCUUUAAAAUAUUCAAGUUGUCAUUUGCGUAAUCGUUUGGUUGCUUUUGUUAUAGACGAGUCUCACGUCAUUGAGACGUGGACUGGAGAAAGGAAAAUACAAAUUCAAAAUGCACAUUUUAUUUUUAUGGAUGUCCCGCAUAAUCUUUCAGACCAUUCUGGACCUCUCUCUGAUAUUUUUUGCGUGUAA